AUGGUGCGAAGAAUUGUGACGGAUGGCAUUCCCCUAAAUUCUCAAAAAAUUAAUAUAUCUGAAAAUGGCACAGUUCCAGCAUUGCACAUCACAUGGAAAGACAGCAGAUGUUUCACUAAAUACACCGGUUUUAAAAUUGAAGAUGCAGAUAUUGUGAACCAGUCGAAUCUUGAACAAUGGUUUAAUGAAACAGAAUGGUUUAUUAAGGACAUGAAAUAUUUACUGAAAUUGGAGCAUCAUAGAUUUUGGUCAACUAUUCUACACAACUCAUCUGCUAUGGAGAGUGUUAUAUCGUUUAUGCAAAAUGCAUUACCAUUCUACUUGAACUCCGUUUUACAAACAUUGGAAAAUGAGCGGUUCUUAUUGGUAUACUCGUCUGCUCAUGCUCUUGUGUUCAGGGUAUGUUGUCGUAUAACGACAAUGCAGGAAAGCAAAUGGUGUUGGAUGGAAGCUGAUUUUUACGCUAAACUAAUUUAUAAAAAAUUUAUCGUGACUGUGCCUUUCCUUUUUGACAUGGUUUCAAUUUACGGUAAAGACAAUGCGGAAGAAAUGUCUCGCAUAAUAGAGUUUAUAUUGAAACUUCAGCCGAACUAUACACAAGAUAUAAAACAAGGUCUAAGCUAUUUGUUAAAUGCGUUUGUUGUUAUUCAAAAAAGAUGUGAAACAGAGCUAAUACAACCCAGCGUUUCUGAAGAAACUUUAAACGAUUUAGCGUUAUACGCACAGGAUUGCUGUUGUAUUCUGAUGCAGCUAGUGGAAAUCUCCCCAUCUGUUCGUCAUAUGUCCUCUGAAUUGAAUAUCGAGUUCGUUAUAACUAACUUUUACGAAAACGUGUUGACUGCGUUAUAUAGAAGCAUUCAGGAUAUGAACAAACAUUCACGUUUUUUGACCCAAUUAAAUGAUAUGCGUGUUGGAAUGCUGGAUACUUUCCGUUCGAUAUUGAUUAUUCAAUUGGAAAAAAUACUAGAAAACUCCGACGAGAAUCUACUGGCGGCAGAUAAAUUUAUAAAUAUUCUCACUGAAUGUCUCGUAAACAGUACAUUUGUAAAUGAUUAUAAAAAUGUAUAUGAUAUCGAAGACGAUUUGAAAAUUGUUCAACUGGGGUAUAAAUCCGUAGAGCAAGUUAAGUAUGAUUUCAUACAAAAAGCAUAUGCAAUUGAAAAGGAUUUCAGCGAACAAAGAAUUCUCCUCAAUAUACCCACCGAACCAUUAGAUGAAUUUGACGUAAAGACCUCGAACGAUCACUCUGAUUACGUAGUAGGCCAGGAAAACGCCGCCUUUGAACAGCAGAUUGAAUUAAAUGUCCAGCAAAUUAAGGAUCUGUUGCCGCAUUUAGGAGUUGAGCAUAUUCGAAAUGUUGUCUGUUGUUGCGAUAAAGUUGAACAGGCCGUCAGUAUUCUGCUGGAGAACAAUUUCUCAGAAACAAAUCAGAGUCAGCAUGAUGAACUAGGAGAAGUAAAUAUUCCUAUUGAUCCAUUAGAUGAAUUUUAUCUCCGUACAGGUAUAGAUCGCCUUAACAUUUAUGAUGGUGAUGAGUUGGAUGUAAUGGUAAAUGAUAAGGUCAAGGGUAUUAUCAAAAAAGGAAAAGGUAUGCCAGGUCAAGCAAAAACCAUCAAUGAACUACUUGACGACAAGAGCCAUAUACAGCAAGUGCGUCACAUUUACCAACAGUUUGAUUUGAUUGCCGAAAACGAAGUAGAUGACGAUGAAUAUGAUGACUCUUUCGAAGCAAUGGCUGAAAGUGAAUCACGACAUGUUAAACUGGUUAAAGGAGCUCGUAACAUCCUUGCUGACGAAGAGCAGGACAAUGAGAGUGAAAGCGAAAAGGAUAACGAAAGUGAACACGAACAAGAUUCAAAUCGAAAUGUAGCAUUAGCUUUUUGUGAAAAUCCGGAGAUAGCGCGUCAGCGUUAUGAAAACAGGUUGAGUAGUAAAUAUCUACGUCGUCAUGGAACCGUUGCAUCAGUAGCGAAAGAUGCUGAUGUUCGAGGGAAACCGAAGGGUCAAGGCCAAGAUAGCAAGGUAUUGCUAAAUAGAAAGCAUAAGAAUGAAAAUAAGGCUUUCAGUGGAAAUCAUAACAGAAAGCAGGGUGCCAGCUACAAGCGGAAUAGAGGCAUGUUACCUUCGUAA